AGUUGUGGUGAGUCCUGCUGAUUGUUCCUUCAGUCAGACUGUCAGUGCAGAGAGUCGGUACGGCCAACGGACCGGAGGAACACGUCUUUAUCCCUCCGUCAGCUGCUCCUCCAUCAGCUCCUCCAUCAGCUCCUCCUUCAGCUCCUCCAUCAGCUCCUCCAUCAGCUCCUCCUUCAGCUCCUCCAUCAGCUCCUCCUUCAGCUCCUCGUCAGCUCCUCCAUCAGCUCCUCCAUCAGCUCCUCCUUCAGCUCCUCCAUCAGCUCCUCCUUCAGCUCCUCCUUCAGCUCCUCCAUCAGCUCCUCCAUCAGUUCCUCCAUCAGCUCCUCCUUCAGCUCCUCCAUCAGCUCCUCCUUCAGCUCCUCCUUCAGCUCCUCCAUCAGCUCCUCCAUCAGUUCCUCCAUCAGCUCCUCCUUCAGCUCCUCCUUCAGCUCCUCCUUCAGCUCCUCCUUCAGCUCCUCCGUCAGUUGCUCCGUCAGCUGCUCCUCCGUCAUGGCUCCAUCCGUACUCCUCCUCCUCGGCCUGCUGAGCUCCUCCGGCUCGCUGCCUCCUCCACGCACCUCCUUCCUCCUCAACUCUCCCAACAGACCCCUGGUCCUCUUCAGCCCCCCCGACCUCCACAACACCACCACCCUGCUGCUCAGCACCGACGGGUCCACCCUGUACGUGGGGGCGCGGGACGCCGUGCUCUCAUUGGACGUCAGUCAGAGUGAUGUCAUCAGGCUGAAGAAGAAGGUGGAGUGGCGUCCAUCCCAGAGUGAGAUAAACAGCUGUCAGAGUAAAGGAAAAAAUGCAGCGGUCGACUGUCCCAACUUUGUGAACGUGGUGCAGAUGAUGAACUCCACCCAUCUCUACGUCUGUGGCAGCUUCGCCUACAGCCCCAAAGAUGCCUUCAUCGACGCAGAAAGCUUCCGGAUGGAGCGGAGUGCCGAGGCCAAAGAUAAAGCUCGCUGCCCGCACAGCCCGGUCCAGAAGAGCACGGCCAUCAGCGUCGACGGCGAGCUGUUCACCGCCACGACCACCGACUUCAGGGGAGUCAAACCUCAGAUCUCUCGACACUUCAGCAAAGAUGGCCGCCAGGACGUCAGCCAGGACUCGUCUGUCCGCCUGCUGGAGGAGCCGAUGUUUGUGGGCUCGUCAUCCGACCCGUCGGAGAGGAAGCUCUACUUCUUCUUUACUGAAGUCGGGAAAGAGUUCAGCUUCAUGGACGAGGUGCAGAUCGCUAGAGUGGCCCAAGUCUGCAAGGACGACGUGGGUGGCCAGAGGACUCUGCAGAACAAGUGGACCUCCUUCUCCAAAGCCCCUCUGCUCUGCCAGGUCCCCAAACAGCUUCCCUUCAACGUCGUCCAGGACGUGUUCACCCUCCGGCCACCAGAGGGCGGCAAAGCCUCUGAGAUGCUGUUCUACGGCGUCUUCACGUCUCAAUGGUCCUCGGGUCCAGGGUCUGCCGUGUGCGUCUUCAAGCUGCAGGACGUCAGGGCAGCGUUCUCCGGGAGCUACAGGACCUUCGACAUGGAGACCCACCAGUUGAGUUCCUUACUGGGAAAGGCCUCCAACCUGGGACAGUGCGGACUGGACAGCGCUUCAGAUUUAGAGCUCGCUCAGGUGAAGAAGAGCUUCCUGACCAGCGGCAGCGUCAGAGGUGAUCCGAUCGUCGUGUCUUCGGGGCACCAGUACAGUCAGGUGGCAGCGAUGAGGACGCAGGCGGCCAGUGGAAACCAGUACACCGUCCUGUUCCUUCUGACUGAGUCUGGACUGCUCCACAAAGUGGCUUUGUUGGAUCGGGGUGCGCAGGUCGUUGAGGAGAUUCAGGUGUUCACACAACCACAGCUGGUCAAAAGCAUGGUCCUCUCCUCCUCCAAGGGAGUCCUCUACGUGGGGACAUCGGAGGGCGUGACCGCUGUACCUGUGGCCAGGUGCUCCAUCUACAGAAGCUGCAGCCAGUGUGUUCUGGCCAGAGAUCCUCUGUGUGGAUGGAGCCGGACCAGCAGCGCCUGCACCAGCGUGGACGCCCGUCACCAGAACAUGGCUCAAGACCUGAAGGAUGGAAAUGUGGGAGAACAAUGUUGGGGAGAAACCACAACCCCACUGGUCAAAGAAGUCAACGUUCUCUUGAACGAAGCAGUGAGGCUUCGGUGUCUGAAACCUUCCAACCUGGCAACUCUGACUUGGACCUCCUCCCGAUUCAAAAGCCUGCCGGAGAAGGUCUUCAUCCUGUCGGUUGACGGCGGCCUGAGCUUCCUCGCCGCCGCCGCCACAUUCGGGAGCUACCGCUGCGAGGCGGAGGAAGGCGGGUACAAGGAAGUAGUCGCGAGCUACGACGUCCAGCAGGUCGCCUCCCCGCGCGCCUUCAGCCCCGUUGCAAAGGAAACCUACGAGGAACUGGUGGCUGCCACGAUGCAACCAACAGGAGACCCAGAGGAAGAACUUCAAUUCACGACCGAUGUAGAACACAAGACUGACCCUGGACUGAAAAACGACCUUCAGGAUGAUGACCCGGGCAUCACCCCGAACCCCGGACGAGACGCCCGGUCCGGGAAGGAGACGCUUGAGGAAACUCGCGUUGAGGAGAAGAGUUUCUACGGCGAGCUGGUCGCCGUGUCCUUGCUCCUGGCCAUCUGCGUCCUGGCCCUGACACUCGGAGGCCUCCACGCGUGGCGCCAAAGGAAAGCCGGCCUCAAAAUGAGUCGCCUGGUCGGCUCGGAAAGCGCCGGCAAAAAUGGCGCGAUGGAGAGCAUUCCCUCCCUGAGCGGCCCGGAGGACGGCGGUCCCGAGUGCAAGGCGGCGGAGUGACGAUGCCAGAUAUAGACCUGUUAUUGAGUCACAGUGGUUAACGUCUGAUGUCAGGAAGGUACUCAGCAGGAAGGGACUCAGCAGGAAGGUACUCAGCAGGAAGGGACUCAGCAGGAAGGGACUCAGCAGGAAGGUACUCAGCAGGAAGGGACUCAGCAGGAAGGGACUCAGCAGGAAGGUACUCAGCAGGAAGGGACUCAGCAGGAAGAUACUCAGCAGGAAGGUACUCAGCAGGAAGGUACUCAGCAGGAAGGGACUCAGCAGGAAGGUACUCAGCAGGAAGGGACUCAGCAGGAAGGUACUCAGCAGGAAGGGACUCAGCAGGAAGGUACUCAGCAGGAAGGGACUCAGCAGGAAGGUACUCAGCAGGACAGAUCAAAGAGUUAAAGAUAUACAACUUGUACACCAGGCUCACGACCGGUUCCUCUCCGGGUUCCCAACUGACUGCGAUUAGGAGUCACAACUUCAAUGUAAAAACAUAUUUAUUUCUACAUUCAGAUCCAGUUUUGAGUUUGUAGUCGUUUUGAGUGUCUUUGAAGUUGUUUCGAGUCUCUUUGAAGUUGGUUUGAGUGUGUUUGAAGUUGUUUUGAGUCUGUUUGAAGUUGUUUUGAGUGUCUUUGAAGUUGUUUUGAGUGUCUUUGAAGUUGUUUUUGUAAUUGUUUUGAGUUUCUUUGUGGUCACCAAUCAGAUUCCUUGCUUGUUUAAUCACUGGUUUAAUGAGAACUGGUUUAAUGAGGACUGGUUUAAUGAGAACUGGUUUAAUGAGGACUGGUUUAAUGAGGACUGGUUUAAUGAGGACUGGUUUAAUGAGGACUGGAAUGUGUACGUUAUGUUUAAUGGUCAAACACAUGUUGAAUUAGUUAGACCGAUUGAAUAUUGAACCUGUCUUUGGUUGAUAUAUGUUUUAUAUUUUAUAAACUCAUCGUGUCAAUGAAUGUAAACGAGAUGUGAAACCUGCUCUGAGUGUAAGAAGUUAGAACCUUUUUAUAAUUUAUUCAUCAGAUCUAAGAUUCUUUUCUGUUUAAUUGUGUUCAUUAAACUCUUGUGUCUCAAAUUAAAACAUGUUGAAUAUU